AUGUCCUCCAUCCGCGCCCUCUCGCUCCUCCUCCUCCUCUGCGCACCCCUCUCCCGCGCCGCGCCAGCAGUCACCGUCUACGACAUCUGGGGCGCCCAAGCCGAGGCAGAGCUCGGCCAGGGCCCGCUCGCGACGCCCGAGGAAGCCGCGUUCCUCGCGCAGUACGGGGCGUACAACAGCGUGCAGCUCAAGGUGCCCCCCGCGGCGGUCCCCGCGCCCGCGACGUCGUUCGCGCUCGCGCUGCACGCAGCGGCGGGGAGCGUGCCCGGGAUCGGCCCCGCGACGCGCGGCGACCUGCUCGGGUUUUCCGUCGAGAUGAGCGUGGUGGGCAGCGUCGUCGGGCGGAAUUCGUCCCUCCUCCAGGUGCCGUUCCUCAACCUGCUCGCCUCCGUCGCGAAUCGCGGAGGCGGCGUCCGCGUCCGCCUGGGGGGCAACACCCAGGAGUAUGCCACGCUCGUGGACGCGCUCCCUCCAACCACGGCGGUCGGCUCGGUCACUGCAAAGGGUCCCGUCGUCUUCCCGGCCGGACCUCAGACGGUCGAGUCGAAGGAACUGUUGUACACGACCGAGAUGCUCAAGAUGCUCCAAGCGGUGUCCACGCUCACCGGUGCUAAAUGGUUCCUCGGCAUCCCGUUCAACGACACCGCGAACCCGCGCCUGCAGAUCGCAGAGCAGGCGGACGCGAUCUUGGGCAACAAUGUUGUCGGUUAUCAGGUUGGAAAUGAGCCCGAUCUGUUCGCCGGACACGGCCGACGCCCCGCGACGUGGACAAUCCAGAACUAUCUGACCGAGUUCAAGACGAUCACGGACAUGAUCCGCGCGAAUCCAAAAAUCACGAGCAAGGGGAACAUCGUCGGCCCGAGCAUCCAAGGCAGCAAGCAUGGCUUCGGGAUCGCGGACGUGCUCGCUGCGGGCUAUGUACAGGCGUUUGCGGACGACCUCUCCAUCGUCUCUAUCGAGCACUACGCCCAGAGCAAUUGCGCGGCAGUGUUCCCCAACGGCGGAUUCGGCCCCAUGCUCGACCCGCAGACCAUUCUGCCCCUCAUUAGCGGACAUGGCGCCGCACAGGGAGUGCUUGCGCCAUUCCUCCCGGGUGUGGCCGCUGCGCGCGCGGCGGGCAAGCAGUUCAUGAUGUUCGAGACCAACACGGCAUCAUGCGGCGGCUUCGGGGGUGUCUCUGGCGCGCACCUGCACAUGGGUGGCCAGAACGCCUCCUACAACGUGCGCACCGUUCCCGCGCUCUCUUCGUGUGCGGAGGCUGACCGCGCCGCCCGACGCACAGCCGUUCACCCCCCCCCGACGAACAUGUCCUCGUUCAAGCAGUGGACCGUCGGCGCGCCGAUGUACGCCACGCUGUUUUCGGCGGAGGCGCUCGGGCCGACGGGCUCCGCGCAGGUCGUCGACCUCGCCGCGAACCUCGCGAGCAACAGCACGCCCGCGUACGCGAUCUACGAGAACGGCGCGGCGGCGCGCGUCGCGCUCUUCAACUACCAGGACGCGUCCAACGGCGCGGCGUACACCGCGACGAUAUCCGUCGGCGGCGCGACGCUGGGCGAGUCGAACGCGACGCCGAGCAGCGUGCGGGUGAAGUACCUCGUGGCGCCGAGCAUCACGGAGAAGGAGCAGAUCUCGUGGGCGAACCAGACCUUCGGUGGCCGUUUCUCGUCCGACGGCCGUCUCGCCGGCACCGAGGAUAUCGUCACCGUCCCGUGCGACACCACCGCGCACACCUGCACGAUCACCGUCCCCGCGCCGGGCGCCGCGCUGGUCUUCCUCUCGUCCGCGGACAGCGCGGGCGCGAGCGCGACGCAGACGUUCGCGACGAGCGUGACCACGAAGGUGUUCGCGACCGCGAGCAUCGACCCCACGUCGCUCGCGCACUCGAACGGGCAACGCCCGACAGAGCUGCUGGGGACGAGCCAGGGCGGGGCGAACACCGAGGAGGGUGUGGCGGCCGCGUUCUGGGAGGGCGUUAUGUGGCUCUUCCUGCGCGCGGGGCUGACCUGCCGAGAUUGCUGA